CUUCCACAUAUGGCGGUUGCAGGGAGUACAAGACUGGAUUCAUGGUUAGAGGUAGGAUUUUCCGUCUUGCUCUUGUUCUUUUUCGUCGGAGCAGAAGCCGUUUGUCAACCCUGCAACCUGGCUUUGGCUUCUUACUAUGUGUGGCCGGGUUGUAACCUUACAUUCAUCAGCCAAGUCUUGAACUCUUCGAUUACAUCGAUUAGGAGCUACAAUCCUCAAAUAAACGAUAAGGAUUCUGUUCAAGCUUACGACAAUAUAAUCGUUCCAUUCUCCAACUGCGAUUGCAUCAAUGGAUACAAUGCUCAUGUGUUCCAAUACUCUGUUAAUACUGGUGAUUCCUACCAAACUAUAGCUACGCAAUUUUAUUCCAACCUCACGACCACGGCAUCGUUGCAGAGCGAGAACAGCUAUGAUACAGUCAAUAUUCCAAAUAAUGCCCAACUCAAUGUUAGCGUCAAUUGUUAUUGUUUGAAUAGUAGUAUCUCCAAGUCUUAUGGGUUGUUCGUGACUUACCCUCUUCGCCCGAAUGACACCUUAUCUUCGGUUGCUGCUUUGUUCAACUUCAAUAAUACCCAAUUGGUGGAGCAGUACAACCCCACCGUGAGUUUCAGCUCUGGGAGUGGUGUAGUGUUCAUUCCUCACAAAGGAAUUUCAAGCGCAGCAAUUGCCGGCAUAGCUAUUGCAGCAGCUGUGGCUCUGCUUUUGCCAGGUAGUAUAUAUUUUCUGGUUUACAGAAGGAAGAAGGUUAAAAAGCAUUUGAUAUCAGUUAUCAUUUAUCCUUGUGCAUGCUUAGGUUCUGGGAGGGCCUUGGAUAAAGCUACGGUACCACCUACUUUUGUUGGUGGAGUGACCCCGGGACAUACACCUAUCAGUGUGGACAAAUCAGUGGAGUUUUCAUACGAAGAGCUUGCCAUGGCUACAAAUAACUUUAGUAUUGCUAGCAAAAUUGGUGAAGGUGGAUUUGGAGUGGUUUACUAUGCGGAGCUAAGAGGCGAGAAAGCUGCCAUCAAGAAGAUGGAUAUGCAAGCAUCGAGAGAGUUCCUUGCGGAAUUGAAGGUUCUCACGCAUGUUCAUCACUUGAACCUGGUGCGCUUGAUAGGAUACUGUAUUGAAGGUUCUUUGUUUCUAGUAUAUGAGUUUAUUGAGAAUGGCAAUUUAAGCCAACAUUUGCGUGGUUCAGGGAAGGAUCCACUUCCAUGGUCUACUAGGGUUCAAAUCGCCCUUGAUUCGGCAAGAGGUCUUGAAUAUAUUCAUGAGCAUACUGUUCCUGUCUAUAUCCAUCGUGAUAUUAAAACAGCAAACAUUUUGAUUGACCAGAACUAUCAUGGAAAGGUUGCAGAUUUUGGAUUAGCCAAAUUGACUGAAGUUGGAAAUACAUUGCCCACACGUCUAGUGGGUACAUUUGGAUACAUGCCACCAGAGUAUGCUCAAUAUGGUGAUAUUUCUCCUAAGGUUGAUGUCUUUGCUUUUGGAGUUGUCCUUUAUGAACUUAUUUCAGCCAAGGAAGCUGUGGUCAAGGCAGCAGGAUGUAUUGCUGAUACAAAAGGACUCGUGGCAUUGUUCGACGAUGCUCUUAGUCAGCCCGACCCAAGAGCAGAUCUCCAGAAACUAGUUGACCCUAGGCUUGGGAAUGACUAUCCACUUGAUGCAGUUCUUAAGAUGGCGCAGCUUGCCGAGGCUUGCACAAAAGAAAAUCCCCAGUUGAGGCCAACCAUGAGGUCGAUAGUGGUUGCACUGAUGACCCUUUCCUCCUCAACUGAGGAAUGGGAUGUCAGAGCAUUCUAUGGAAACCAAGCAAUGGUAAAUCUAGUGUCAGGAAGGUAGAAAGAGCCAGCUGAUGAUUUUGUAAGUACCUCCUUCCAGAAUGACUUUGGAUUCCUCAUCUCUACAUGUGUAGAAGCAUGCAUUAUGAGAUUUUGUUGGUCGAACCAAUGUGAAAUGCUGCUGGAUGGAGGCCAUGACUAAGGGAAUGAAGAUAAAGCAGUGACAGUAGGGGGGAAGAAAAAGAAAAUGAACAUAUUGUAUUUUCAAUCACCUUGAUUUAGCACAUAAUACUAACAGUGUGUACAAUAAGUAAAUUAAUCUACAAUUCUGCAGAUUUUAUUCCUUUU